AUGGCAGCGCUAUCCAAGAUCCGCCUCCCAGAGCGAUCUAUCGGCCAGACUAUCUCACAUAUGACGAGUCUGUACGUAAAACAUCGCACCCGAAUCUCGCGCGCCGUCUAUCUCGCCCUGUUCCUUGCACUUGCGAAACGAAUCCACAAUGCGAUCGGAGAACAAAAAGCGGCAUCCCGGCGGCAGGCGGAGAUGCGUGAGCGGCCGGGAACAAGCAGUCUCGACAACAACAACAUAGAGAAUAAGAACGCGGAUGAGAAAAGCGCAAGCAGGAAAAAGGUGGAAAUCAAUCUCGAAUUCUUCAGAAAUCUCCUGCGCUUGUUGCGAAUUGUGAUUCCGGGAUGGAAGAGUAAAGAGUUCCGCCUGCUCUUAAGCCAUAGCGUGUUUUUGGUAUUGAGGACUAUAUUGAGUAUAUAUGUUGCUGAGUUGGACGGAAAGUUGGUUAGUCACUUAGUACGUGGCAAAGGCAAAGAGUUUUUGAAGAGUCUUGUGUGGUGGAUGACGGUGGCUAUACCUGCUACUUUUACGAAUUCUAUGCUAUCUUAUCAUCAAUGCCGUCUUGCGCUUGAAUAUCGCAGACGGCUCACAGAGCAUGUCCAUGACAAGUAUUUGUCAAACAUGACUUUCUAUGCACUUUCGGCGCUGGACGAUCGAAUCAAAAAUCCGGAUCAGAUGGUCACAGUGGAUAUCUCCAGAUUUUCCGACAGCUUAGCAGAGCUAUACUCGAAUUUGGCAAAACCCGUUUUGGAUAUGGUUUUAUAUAACUAUCAGCUUUCAAAGAACGUGGGCAUGGAGGGCUUGUUUCUUAUGAGUCUUUUGGUUCAACUAUCAGCAAACAUGAUGCGCGCAUUGACACCUCCAUUCGGCAAAUACGUUGCCGACGAAGCUCGUUUGGAAGGCGAGUUCAGAUUUCAGCAUACACGGUUAAUAGACUAUAGCGAAGAAGUCGCUCUCUAUCACGGUCACGAAGCUGAGAAAGAUAACCUUGACAAGGGUUAUUUCACGCUCAUAAAGCAUGUCAACCGUAUUCUUCGACGACGAUUGUAUCAUGGAUUCAUGGAGGAUUUUGUCAUCAAGUAUUUCUGGGGUGCUUUGGGACUUAUGCUAUGUAGUGUGCCGGUAUUUUUCAAGAUUCCAGGGCAAAUCAGCCAGACUAUGGGCGAUCGGACAGAAAGCUUCGUCACUAAUCGACGACUACUCCUCUCCUCAUCCGAUGCAUUCGGCCGUGUCAUGUUCUCAUACAAAGAAGUAUCGGAACUCGCAGGCCACACCGCUCGAGUCUCAUCCCUCCUCGACGUCAUGGAAGACGUAGCUGCCGGCCGAUUUGAGAAGAAACUCGUAUCUUCAGCAUCGACAGAAGAGAACGCAGCAGUCCUCGCAGGUCGAGGAACCGUCACCGAGAGCCCCUCCAUCGAAUUCACAGACGUUCCUAUCGUCUCACCCAACGGGGACGUCUUAGUCCGCAAACUAUCCUUCACCGUCCAUCCGGGCGAUCACCUUUUGAUUGUUGGACCGAACGGAUGCGGCAAAUCCUCCCUCUUUCGUAUUCUCGGCGGCCUCUGGCCCGUCUACGGCGGAACAGUGAAAAAGCCCAGCUUCGACGACAUUUUCUACAUCCCGCAACGGCCGUAUCUCUCCCGCGGCACGUUACGACAACAAGUAAUCUACCCAGACGGUGUCAAAGAAAUGCGCGCCAAGGGCGUGACAGAUACCGAUCUUUUUGAGGUCCUUUCCAUCCUCGAGAUCUCCAACAUAGUCGAGCGCGAAGGCGGCUGGGAUGCAGAAGAAGAAUGGCGCGACGUCCUGUCCGGCGGGCUACAACAACGUAUCGCCAUGGCGCGUCUCUUCUAUCAUAAACCGCGCUACGCAAUCUUGGACGAAUGCACAUCCUCCGUCACCCUCGAAAUCGAGAAAGUAAUGUACGAGACCGCCAAACAGUUAGGAAUCACGUUGAUGACCGUCUCGCAUCGACGAAGUCUGUGGCAAUACCACAAGAAGAUCUUGCAGUUUGAUGGACAAGGUGGAUAUAUUUUCACAGGAUUGGAUUGGGAGAAGAGAUUGAAACUGGAAGAUGAGAAAGAAGAUCUCGACUUGCAAUUAAGAGCCGUCCCGGAUAUUGAGAAGCGAAUUGCUGAGCUUUCCGCGGCUUAA